GAAUUCUUGAUUUCUAAUCAUAUUCAUCAUCGUGAAUAGUAAUCAUCGGCUUCCUCAUUUUGACCCUUGCAUUUUUGGGCACAUCAUGUGUUGAUUUUUUUUUCUCGCAAUAUAUGUAGUUGUUUGUUUGUUCGCUCUAUUUUCAUCUUCUUUCACUCCCUGUUCUAGUAUAACUUGAUGUUCAAAGCGACAUUGCCCAGAAUGACUAAAUUCGAUAUUGAAAUCGUUUCCGACACCGUCUGCCCGUGGUGCUAUGUUGGAAAGCAGAAACUCGAGCAAGGAAUCACCGCAUAUAAACAGCGAAAUCCCGAUUCCAACGAUACAUUUAGUAUUACGUGGCAUCCAUUCUACCUUGCUCCAGACGCGCCCAAGACAGGUGUGGAUAAACGAGCAUAUUUAGUUGCUCGCUUGGGAGAACAGAGACUGGCGGCAGCUGACAGCCGACUUUCUCAACUUGGAAGAGACGUCGGUAUCAAUUUUAAGUUUGGAGGAAAGACAGGAGCUUCGAGAACUAGUCACCGCCUGAUUCAAUUGGGAAAGACAAAGUCGCCAGCCAUGCAAACGAAAGUAGUGGAAUCAUUGUUCAAGUCGUACUUUGAAGAAGAAGGCGACAUUACUAGUCAUGAGGUAUUACGCAAUGCCGGAGUGCGAGCUGGUUUGGACGAGAAAGAAGUCACUGAAUGGUUGGAGAGUGAGAAGGGAGGAGCAGAGGUUGAUAGGGAGGUUGAAGAGGCGAGGAGGAAUUCAAUUAGCGGGGUACCGAAUUUCACUAUUCAGGGAAAAUAUGAGGUUGGAGGUGCCCAGGACUCUGCAGUAUUCUUGAGAUUGUUUGAGAAGAUCAAGGGGAUGGAGGAAUCGUCGAAAGCUUAGGCAAGAUCUGGCUGGGAACUUUGAAAUGUGUUUCGAUGAAAUGGAGAGACGGGAGUACAGAUGUGAAGUGAAGGCUUAAUUAGGAAAUUCAGAUGAUUAUACACCCAUGUCAAGCUUAUUAUUAUUAGGUUACUAACAAUAAAUGAUAAGUUUUCUGCAGAAUCGUGAAGCAGCCACAGUUAUCCACACA